UCUGGCACCUUAACAGGGUUUGAUCUGGUCUCAGUCACCUGACACACACACACACACACACACACACAGUGCUCGGCUCCACCUCGCUCGGCGGGUGUGUGAAGAAGAUACAGCCCGUUAUUUCAAGGUUAUCUCCUGCAGGAACCUCACUUGUCCGGAUCCUAUGGGAAUUUUGAUAACCGCAGUUUUUCUCUGGGCUGCCGUCGGAGUGGGAAGCCGGCCAGUAACCUCACCCCUUAAUGAUGCAAAGGUUGAAUGUAUUAUUCAGGAGACACUGAAUGAAGACGGGUCACAACAUGAGUGUGGCCCACAGCUAGCAGAGGAACUUGAUGAGGUGCAAAGACAUCAGGGUCUGCUCAGGGAGCUGCAGAAGCUGGCUGUUGAUGAGAAAGAAAGGGAGCAAGAGGAUGAGAAGCAGCGAUAUGAGUACAACCUGGCUGACGAUGAGAGCGACUUCGAGCCGGGGGAUGAGGAGGCGAAGGAGGAGGGAGACGUGACCGACCUUGCAAAAAAGACAGAAGACAAGACAGUGGAAGAUGACACCAAGCAGAAGAUAAUGGAGGAGCCCCGCAUAGAGGACACAGGGAGGGACAAUGAAGAGGAGAGAGCCAAGGAGCUUGAGGAGCUGCUGGCUGAAGAGAUCACUAAGAAAGGGAAGGAGGAGAGGAAUGAUGAAGAGCUCAAAGAACUGCUGAAAGAGCUGAAGAAGAAACGCUAUGAGGCGGUGAAGGAGAGGGAGAUCCAGAAGGGCUCAGGAGCAGAACAGAAAGAAGAGGUGGAGCAAAAGAAGGAGAAGGAGAACAAAGAGAGGGAGGGAGAUACAGAGGAGAACUUGGAGAAGCAGAGGAUGGAGGAGAGGAGGAAGAACGAGGUGGAACUGAUGGUAGAGAAGGAGAAGGUAGAGAAGGAGCUAAAGGAGCUGCUCAAAGAGCAGGACAGCAAAAGCAAGCUAGAGCAGGAGAGGGAGAGGAAAGAGAAGCAGGAGGAGCUGGAAGAACUCGUCAGGAAGAUGAAACGAGUGCAGGAGGAGGAAAAGCAGGAGACGCAGGUUGGGAAGAAAGAGGACGGCAUGGACAAAAGCGCAGCGGACGAGAAGAGUGACAAGAAGGAGGGCGAAGAAGGAAAGGAGCCCGAUAAGAAAGCAGAGAAUGAGGUCAAGAAGAAGGAGGAGGCGGCGGAGGUGAAGGAGCCGCAGCAGAAGAGAGUGAUGGAGAAAGCGAGUGAUGAAGCUACGCAGCAGUUUGACAGAGAGAGGUACAAGGAUGAGGAAGAGGAGGAGGGUGAGGAAGAUGAGGAUGAAUUCGUCAGAGAGGAUGAUGAGGGGCAACAGGAGGAGGAUGAUGAGGAGGGUGAUGCCGAGGAAGAUGAAGGGGAGGAGCUGCUGGAGAUUGAAGCAGAGUUGCGUAAAGUUGCUGCAGAGCUGAGGGAGCUUCGCAGAGGAUAAGACACACACACACAC